AUGGCCGAUGCCCCUCCCCCCACCCCGUCUGAGCUUCUCCGGAUGGUAACUGAGCUCCAGCAAGCGAAUCAACGUAUGGCUGAAGCAAACCAGCGCAUGACAGAAGAAAACCAAAGAAUGCAACAACAGAUUCAACAAUUGGCUAACGCUCGACUGGAACAUAACAAUGAUCGUCGUGAGCGGCAGGAAAAUGAUGACCAACGGUCCGAACCGACUCAUGUCUCGGAGACACCUCAAGACGAUGACGCUGAUCAUCGGAACGAGGAGGCAAUACCCGAGGACGAGAAUGACCAGCCCGACAACUCGGCAGGACCUUUUACGGCUGACAUUAUGAAUUUUCAACUGCCCAGACAAUUCACGCUGCCGACAACGCUAACUCCCUACGACGGGCUAGGGGAUCCUAAGCAGCACAUUAAAAAAUUCCGAUCUAUUAUGAUUGUCAAUGGGGCAUCCGACCCCAUUUUAUGUCGUUGUUUUCCUUCCUUUUUAGAUGGACCCGCACUUGACUGGUUUUGCUCUUUGCCUGCAGAUUCUAUUUCCCGCUUCCAGGAGCUAGCAAAGCAGUGUGAAGACCAUUUUGCAGCGUCAGCAAUUUACCUGCACGAUUCCGACUAUCUAAAUACAAUCAAGCAGGGUCCGCAAGAGAGUCUGAAGGAUUAUAUUACCCGUUUCACAAAAAUCGCCAUGCAAAUUCCUGAUUUACAUCCAGAGGUCCACUUGCAUGCAAUUAAAAGCGGCCUCCGACCUGGCAAAUUCCAGGAAACUAUUGCAGUAGCCAAGCCAAAGACUCUGGCCGAGUUUAGGGAGAAAGCCAAGGGGCAAAUAGACAUCGAAGAGCUUCGACAAGCGCGACAAGCAGAAAAGUCAGCGUUCAUGAAAGACGAUGACAAACCUCGAGAGAGCAAGAAAAAUUUCAAGCCCGUGCCGCGUUACGAGUCUUACACUCAGUUCAACACAAAAAGGGACGACAUUAUCAAGGAAAUGUUAAACUCCAAGCUCAUCAAGCCACCCCGUAAGGCCGGCAGCUACCCGGAGCCAAAGAACGUAGAUAAAUCGAAAUACUGCACCUUUCACCAAAAGCAUGGUCAUACCACAGAUGAGUGCGUGAUUGCCAAGGAUCUCCUAGAGCGCUUAGCGCAGCAAGGACACCUUGAUAAAUUCAUUGCAGGACACAUGCAGAAACGUCAAAUUCCAAGCUCCGACCAACCUGCAACAACUUCAUCAUCCAAAGAAAAGGACAAAGCCCCGGCUCAGCCCAGAGGGGUGAUUAACUGUAUUUCAGGGGGAUAUGCCGGUGGAGGAGAAACAAACUCGGCAAGAAAACGCACAUACAGGGCUAUAUUGGCAGUUGAACACUCUUCUAGCCAUUCUCAACCAACCCCAGACGUUCCUGAGAUGACUUUUGGCUGUUCUGAUUUUAAAUCCAACCACAUGAACUAUGACGAUCCCGUGGUGAUCUCGAUUCAGUUGAGAGACCUUAUUGUUCGGAAAGUGCUGCUUGAUCCUGGGAGCAGCGCCGACGUACUAUUCUUCGCCACAUUCCAGAAAUGA